ACACACAUUCACCAAAACAAAAAAACCCUAGUUUUUAAAUCUCCAUUUCCUCUUAAUUUGCUCAUUAAUAAAAAAGAAAAUGGGUGCAGACAAGGAGCAGCAAUCGCCGCAACCACUGGCACCGGCCUACGCCUAUCCACGAAGCAUCGACGCUGAGGCGGCUCACGACGGCGCUGAGCUGCGCAAGAGGAAGCGCGCGAAAUGCAUCCUCUACAUCGCCGCCUUCGCCAUCUUCCAAAUCGCAGUAAUCACAGUCUUCGCCCUAACCGUGAUGAAGGUCAAAACGCCCAAAUUCCGCAUCCGAGAGGCCACGCUCUCCGACUUCACCGCCGGAACCGCCUCACUGCGGGCCACCCUCAGCGCCGAGCUCGCCGUGAAGAACGCCAACUUCGGGCCGUACAAGUACCGCAGCACCACCGUGGAGUUCUUCUACCGCGGGGCGAAGAUAGGCGAGGUUCUCGUCCCCGGCUCGAAGGCUAACUGGAAGACUACAAAGGAGAUAAGUGCCGCCGCCGUGGAGUUGGAUCUGAGUGGUGACCCUCGGCUUCCCGGCGAGGUGGUGCGGAUAACGAGUUCGGCGAAGAUGGAGGGGAAAGUAGAGAUGCUGUUUUUUAUGAAGAAGGAUAGAUCGACGGAGAUGAAUUGCUCUAUGGAUAUUGUGACGGCGUCAAGGACUGUUAAGAAUAUUGAAUGCGAAUGAUUUGUUUUAUUUUCAUUUUUAUUGUGACUGAUUAUUGAUAAUGUAUUCUUUUGAUAUUUGUGUACGAGUUUGCAAUCUAGAUUGAUUUUAUG